AUGCGCUUCAGCUGGCCAAAAUGGUCACACGACACAUCCGCACAAACUGAAGCCUCAUCUCGGAAGCGCCCUGAGGACCAACAGAGCUAUGAGCUGAUUCAAGAGCUUUUGUGGCACUUGCAGGAGCGCAAGGCUGGGUCUCUGGAGCUGGAGCGGCGUCUUCCUAGAGGCUACACAUGGUUUCACACCCUAAUCCCCGCAUCAGAGCUAGACCAACUGGAAGUGCUGUGUGCCGGCAUCCCGCCCGUCUGUGCUGCGGCGCUGCUCUCCAGGUUUCACGAGGUGCUUGCGGCCAGCGAAGUGAUGCCCUGGGAGCUGGUCUCAGUCUUCAAGAUGGUGUUGAGAGACGUCAAGCAAAGGCAAUGUGACAAAGACCACAAUCUUUCAGAAAAGGCAAAGAUCCUCCCGACAAUGGCAUUUUGGACAAGCAGCAACAAAUCGGAGCAGGGUGUUGUGGAUGCGAGCAGUAGCGAUAAAAAGUCUAGAGAGGAGAUCCCGACUGUGUCUGGAUAUGUAGAUAGGGUGACGCGGUAUACCACUUCGUUUACAGGAAGAAUAGAAUGGGAUCUUCCAUAUUACUAUCCAGUUCCCACGAGGCCAAUGGAGUCAUGGAAUACAAAGAGAGGACACUCCUCUCAAUGA